UUUUGCAUUUCUUGUGUCAAAUUGUUUUCGAUUUUCUUAACUUUGAAUUUUAAUCUUAUAGAUUUAAGGUCAUCAGUUAAUUUUUAUUUCUUCAUAUUUAAGGAUUGAGGUAAGUGCAGUAAAAAAAUUGCUAUUAUAUAAAACUUUUAUCUUCAAAAUUUAUAAAUUGAAAAUAUAUAUAAUAUAGAAAAAUAAAUAAUUCAUUCAUUUAAGUACUUUUGUUAAAAAUUCCUUAAUUUCUUAUGAUGACAUAUACUUCAAUAUUAUAAAAUAUUAACUUUAAUUAAUUUAUUUUUUUAUUAAAAAAAUUCGUGAAUACAUCUCGUCAAAUGAAAAGUUUACGAAUGUAUGAUAGCUAUGUAUAUUUACUCAACAAAAAUAUGAAUUAAUCAAAUUUGUCAAGUAAACGGUGAAACCUCCGAAGAAAUUGUUCAGAUCGAGCUAUUAUAUCACAUAAAUAAUAGGGUGUUUUUUCUUAUUUGUGAAGGGUAUUAUUGCUUCGGUUCAAAUGUGUCUACGAAUCGCUGUUAAUAUAUUAUAUGUACUCAUAUUAAAUAUUUAUAAAGACUACGUUGUUCUGGUCAAUCAGAAUUUUUACAAACAUUAACUCAUUUAAAAUGCUCUUUUUCUUUAAAUAUAUACAAAAACCACAAAUGCAGAAACCACAAGCUUGCCACAUAACUAAUGUGCAUAAUACUCUAAAAAUAUAUAUAUAUAAAGGACCAAUUCGUCAGCAUAUGCGUUUAACGAUUAGAUACUAGCUGCUGUGAAAACAAAACACAUAUAGUCCACUAAACUGACGGAUAAAAUGGAUUUUGUUCAAUUUUUUUGGUUUCCUAAUGCUCUAUAUCGCAUAGUGGGUUAUGAUUUUCAACAAUUGCCACGAGCACAUUGGCGAAAGGCUUUAAUGAAAGCGUUUCUUAUAUUCACGACAAUAAGUGGUAUAUGCACACGCAUCUAUAUGCUAUUCCAAUUGCGUGAACUGAUUUUAAGUGGUGACAUUUUGAAUAGCUUUCGUUUGGGUGUAUAUAUAUCUUAUGCUAUUGAUUCAAAUGUGAAAUUUUUUGUAUUUCUUCUGAAUGCAAAACGUCUUCGUGUAAUUUACCAAUCUCUGUCUAAUGAGUACCCAAUGACGUCUAUGGAACAAAAAUUAUAUCAAGUGGAUAAAUAUAGCUUCAAACGUGCACGUAUAAUGAUUGUUUCUUAUCUAUCGGUAACUAAUUCGAUACUUAUUGGACCAAUGCUCCAGUCAAUUUUCAUGUACAUAAUAGAUUUAUUUCGUUAUGGCUAUGCUGCAGCAGCAUUUUCAUAUUUGCAUCCAACACCAAUGUCAUAUAACUUUAACUAUUGUACGCCGCAUUAUUACAUUCUCAUCUAUAUUUCGGAAUAUUUAAACGGGCAUUUUUGUACAACAACAAAUUUGGGAACGGAUUUAUAUGUGUGCACUUUUGCGGGACAAUUUUGUAUGCAACUGGAAUAUUUGGGAUCCUCACUGGAAGCUUAUGAGCCUAGCAUGGAUAACUCAAAGGCAGAUUGUAAAUUUUUGAUGGAAUGGAUAAGAAAACAUCAGUUAAUGUUGGAUCUUUGUAGCGAACUAAAUGAAGUUUUUGGAACAACUCUAUUAUUUAAAUUAAUAUCAAACUGCGCCGUAUUUUGCAUAAUUGUUGUUCAACUGAAAUUGGAGGGCUUUGGUUUCGGAUUUUUAAAUUUUCUCAGCUUCUUUUUCGUUACUGUUGCCCAAUUCUUUAUGGUAUGUCAAUAUGGACAGAAGCUGAUUACAAUUAGUGAAAACUUAGCACUAUGUGCAUACAAAAACCGUUGGUAUAACGGCUCACAAACAUACAAAACCUUAUUAUUUAACAUAAUUGCACGUGCGCAGAAACCAGCUCGACUGACCGCGAAAGGAUUUCAGCCUAUAUCGUUGGCGACCUUUCAAAUUGUAAUGACGAUGACCUACCGCGUAUUCGCGGUGCUGCAGCGUGCUUUGGACUAGUAUAAUUAUUAUUUUAUUGUUUAUACAAAAUAUUUUGAUAAUUCAUCUUGUACGCAAUAUAUAGCUAUACAAAGCUAAAUAAAGCUUCUAGCUAUGAUACCUUCAUAACCAAAAUGAUAGUGCUAAGUUCGGACUUAGACUCGCAAAUUGUAUACCGUCACCUAAAAUGAAAAGCAAAGUAACAUAAAAAAUUCGAAAUACAUUUUUUAAUUUAU